AUACACAUGAAAAGCCUACAAAUGAUUAUGGAUAAACGACGACGUCGACGAGAGUCGCAUAACGCAGUGGAGCGCCGACGACGAGAUAACAUUAAUGACCGCAUACAAGAACUUGGAACACUGCUUCCCGAUUCGAUGAUCGAGAACAACAACGGUUCAUACAAGCCGAAUAAAGGGAUCAUCUUACGCCGAAGCGUAGACCAUAUCCGUUUCUUGCAACAAGAAGUGAAUACCUACCAACAACGGAUUCAGCAGCUUGAAAGCGUAUUGCAAUCGUACCAACAGCAACAACGCUAA